CUUUGCUUGUUAGGUUGUAUGUCAUACCGCUCACUUUAAAUCAUUGAGCAUGCCUAAUAAGCCGAAAAAGAUAAUCAAAGCUAAGAAGAUUAAGGAAGUUGUUCAACAUGAACCUGAGGUACCAGUUAUUCGUAAAGGGAAGCCUUCAAAAGUUGCUCCGCUUCCUGAAAUAGCAAAGAAAACGGUGGCAAAGAAGAAGGUCGUCAAAAAUCCGUUAAUCCAGCGCCGACCUAAAAAUUUCGGAAUCGGACAAGAUAUUCAACCAAAAAGGAACCUUUAUCGUUUCGCCAAGUGGCCAAAGUACAUCGAGCUCCAAAGGAAAAAGGCAAUCCUAAAGAAACGAUUGAAAAUCCCACCCCCGAUCCAUCAAUUUUCUCAGACAUUAGAUAGGAACUCAGGUAUUUCCCGUUUUCGAGAAUUUUACUGUACUUAGCUGGUCAAAUAUUCAACCUGGUUACCAAGUAUCAGCCUCUAAGUAAACAAGCUAAGAGAAUGCUUCUCGUUCAUCGAGCACAAUUGCGUGCUGAAGGCAAACCUGAUGAACCAACAACACGUAAACCCACUGUUCGUGCUGGUAUUCGCGAAGUGACUACCGCCAUAACUCAGAAGAAGGCUCGCCUUGUUAUAAUAGCGCACGAUGUUGAGCCAAUCGAGGUGGUACUCUUCCUUCCUGCAUUGUGCAGGAAAAUGGGUGUACCAUAUUGUAUGGUUAAAAGUAAGGCUAAACUUGGACUUCUGGUUCACCGAAAGACGUGUACUUGCUUGGCCUUCACUAAUAUUAGAGAGUAAGUCCAACUUCUCAAAAUAAUUUUUAGAGAGGACAAAUCGCGGUUAUCGAAAAUAGUUGAAAUGGUAAAGAACAACUACAAUGAUCGUUUCGAAGAGAUUCGAAAACAUUGGGGUGGUGGAAUCAUGGGUUCUAAAUCCCUCGCCAAAAAGGCUAAACUUGAAAAAGCAAAGAAGAAAGAGCUUCAGAUUAAACUUGGAUAACUUUACUUUAAUACAUUUUAACGGAAAAA